AUGCAACGAUACCAACAGAGGAUGGACAACAGGCAACAACCUUCUAAGGGACAACAACAUCGCCGAACUCUGUAUGAGGAUGAUGAGGAAAACAGUAGUAGUGCUGAUGAGGAUAUUUAUGAUCGUAUUGCCAUUUUGGCCAAAGAAUAUGGAGAGGAAUAUGAAGAUGAUGAGGAAGAAGAGAAUUCCUCCCUUACUAUGAGACGAAAUUAUCCAAAACACAAGAACAUACCCGAAGAUACUCCAACUUCAGAAACCAAUGACCCUUUCUCGGAAGAUGAUAAAGAAGAUUCUGAAGACCAACAGGAAAUUCAAAUGAAAGUUCAAACCAGAAAGGCAUUAAAAGACUCUAAAAAGUUUCUCCAUACCACGACCAGAAAAAUGGAAAACAAGAUGAAUAUUUCUCAUAACCAAUCUGUAUUAUCAAAUGCUCUAUCAAAAGAAAAGAAUGAUCUUUAUGAAGCAACAAUUAAUCAAAUUACUAGUAAGGAUAAUUGGAUUUUGAGUACGAGUUUUGAUAAGUGUUUUGAAAAGAUUAGGAAACAAGUCAUGUCCGAUGUUUACAGUAGAGAGAAAUCAAAGAACAGACCUAUGGAAACAUAUUCAAGGAAACCUGUUGUUAGAACAUCCCAAACCUCAAAAGGAAAAACAAUCGAAAAGAAACCUGUUAUACAACUUGUCACCAAUUAUGAUGACAAGCCUCUUCCUACAAAUAAUAGAAGAAAUUAUGAUGAUAUUCCAAUAAGACAACCAAAGCAACAAGAGCAACAGCCAAUAGAAUCAAAAGAGCCUCCAAAAAAGAAGCAACAAGAGCAAGCUCCCAUUCCAACAACUCAAAAAGACAAGUCGAGAAGACAAUCAAAACAAAAACCUAUUAGUAUUGAGCCAUAUGAAGCAACUGAAUCGGAAUUGAAUGCUUUGGAAGGAUUUUUUGGAAGUAAGAAGACUUUGAAAAUUGUUAGUGUUGGUUCAGUAUUUGUAAGGGUACAAAAGUUUUGGAGAGCCAACAGAAAGUACAACCGAAAUAAGGCUGUCCUUGAUUUGAGAGAAAUGUGGAGAACUACAGUUUUUGAAAUGGAACGAGCACAAUAUGACCAUUUAGACACCUCAGAGUACAAGAGACAAUUGAAAUACUUUGCUGCCCAAUUCUGUAAGGAAAUGCAUCCUCAAAAACCUUUUACACCAGGUGGAAAGAAACCAUCUUCAAAAGAUAAGCAUACCUUCCUACAUAGAAAGCAACAGCCUGCAUUCCUUAAGAAUGUUAACAAGAAGAGGUCCCAUUCUAAAUCUUCUACACCUGCCACCCCACCUGAUACACCAACACAACUAACACCAACAAAUAUUUCUCCUCCAUCAAAUGCAUUCUCCACCCCCCUUAGAUCUCCACCAACAAGACCAAAAGAGGAGAUUGAAUUUACUCCUCCAAUAAGCCAAUCUCCUCGAAAAGAUCCACAACAAAAACGACCUGUAGCUUCUAACGACGAAACACAAUUUACAACCCCUAAAAAGUCCAACGGUAUGAGACGAUCCUUAUCUAGCAGAGUGUUCAGGUUGGAAACAAGAGCCAACAUUGAAAAUACUCCCCUCUCUGAACAAGAGGCCACCCCAUUCAAAGAAGGACCAGAGCUUAAUUUGACUUCAAAUAGUGAUUCAACUUCCAUUCAACCUCUUCAACAGACCCCAAAUAAUAUGAAAUCUAGCCCUAGAAAUAGCCCAAGGAAGAUGACACAAAAGCAAGUCUCCUCCCCAAACACUACCCUCAAUCAAUCUGAAAAUAAUACUACCAUCAUGUCAGAAGAAAAACAACCAAACAAUAGCGUUCUCUCAACCCCAACUAAAAGUGUAACAAAUGAAAUUUCCCAAAACACAUCAUUGAAUAAUAUAACAGUUUCCCCAAUAUUGAGAAAAGCACCACCACCACCUAUUGAGGUAAAAUUUUUGAAUAGCAAUGAUAAUGAGCAAGAGGAUCCAUAUGAAGAAGACGAUGAAAUGGAAGGUUAUAAUGACAAUCAUGAAAAUGAUUAUUCUGAACAUUCAGACUCAUUAAUAGAGGAUAACCAAUUUGAUAAUGAGGAUUCUGAGUUGAUUGAAGAAUUAGAGCAAAGUUCCACACCUGAAAGAAGUACUGAGACAAAAAAGGCGGAAGAAACAUCAGCCUCCUUGAAUCGAGCAGAAGAGAAUACAAACAACAACUCUAGCUCCCUCAACAAUAAUAUUGAAAGAUUCAGUCUUACCUACAGAGAAGAGGAAGUGAAGAAAAAAGCCGAAGCUCUCUACAAUAGGACAACUGGAACCCUUAGCGAUUUACUAAGUCCCAGAGGUCGACAAUCCACGGAAAUUGUUCAACCUGUCCCAUCUAAGCAGCCAGAGGAAGACCCAAAACAAAGUGAAGUAAAGAGUGUGGAAAGAAUCCUGGUGGAGGAAACCAAUUUGUCCAUUUCCUCACAUGGAAGUAGUGUAGAAAAGGUACCGAAACCACCUUCCCGAAAGCCACCACAACCAACUCUUUCCUUAGAAGAAUCUAUGGAAAGAGAUAGAACAAGAUUUGCCGAGUUGGAAAACUUAUGUUUUUCAGUAGAUGAAUCUUCUAUUAUUUAUCAAUUCGAUAAGGAGUUUGUGUAUAAUGGAUUACAAUAG